AUGCCAGCCGAGCAUCCACAACGUCUUUCUCGUUCGCCGUCUUGGUGGGAACGAUCCAUCGUGAAGCGAUCUACCUAUGCGAUUGACAAUCUGGUAGAGACCAUGAUGGGAGAAUCGACCUUUCUGCAACGGCAAGAAGAAGAAGAGUCCUCAUCUUCCGUUCUUCAAUUGGAUAGAAGUCAAGUCCAAGUGGGAGCCAUGUUGGGCAAGGAAGAAGAAAUGCCCCACAGCCACAAGCGACAGUACGCCAUUAAGCAUUUGCGUCCCGACUUGAUCCCCAAAAGCGGCGACCCGGAACACUUUCAAGCGGCAGCCAGUGAUCUCAUCAUGGAGGCCAAAUACCUGUCAUCCUUGAAUCAUCCCGGCAUUCUCAAGCUUCGUGCCGUCGCCCAGGGUGGUUCCGCCGCGUUUUUAACCAAUGGAGGAGACUAUGACGGCUUUUUCAUCAUCACGGAUCGUUUGCAAGGGACACUCAAAGAUAAGAUUCUGGAGUGGCAAUGCCUACAACAGGAAGAGAGUCUCUUGGAAUGUCUUCACAUGGCAGCACACGAUCACUCGCCAUCAUCAUCAGCAGCACCCAGAACAUGGGAAGAAGAAUGCAAGGAAGACAACCUGACGGCUUUGACUUGCAGUACCAACAAUCCCCGCAGACUAUUGCUGGAAAAGUUGGACUUGGCACUUCAAUUGGCACGGGCAUUGCAAUAUAUGCACGAACGUCGCUUGAUAUACCGCGAUCUCAAACCGCAAAACAUAGGCGUUACCGAUGACAAUACCGUGCAACUCUUUGACUUUGAUUCACCCGCGAGUUGA